AUGCGCCCCAAGGCCUCCAUCACCUGGGACAGCAUCCCCAGAAUCCAAUCGACGCCAAUCGACUCGCUCGACACUACACUAAAAGAUGGACCUAGCACCGCCUUCAUAAGCGCCAUUGCUGGCUGCUCGUUCUCUCCUCCACCCCACCUUCGGUGAAGCACUAUCACACCGCGCGGCUUCUAGUGGGGAAGAACCAGGUUCGUAGUUGUGUUUGCCUCCUUCACGAUCCCUUCAUCAUGAUGAUCUCGUCCUGUUUUUAAAGAUGUUAGACUUGCGACCCUUCGGGAAUGAGCGCCAAAAGACGUCCUGACCGUAAUCUCCCUACUACCGAGCUCCCGCCUUUCCGAUACCGAUAUCGCGGACUAACUCGCCUCUUCCAGACUUCGCACCUGACCCUCCCUCUUCUCUCACCUACCUUUCAACAUGUGCGGCAUUAUCGCCGUGAUCCACGCGGAUCCGAAAUCGCAAUCGGCCGCGGUAGAAAUACACGAUGCGCUAUACCUCCUCCAGCACCGGGGACAAGAUGCGGCGGGUAUCGUGAGCUGCGGCGCUGGCGGACGCUUCCACCAGUGCAAGGGCAAUGGAAUGGCCUCCAAGGUCUUCCAUGACGGAGCCCGCGUCUCCGAUCUCCCAGGCUUCAUGGGACUGGGUCAUCUUCGAUACCCCACUGCCGGCAGCAGCGCAAACUCGGAGGCUCAACCCUUCUACGUCAACAGCCCGUACGGAAUCUGCAUGACCCACAACGGCAAUCUUAUCAACGCGCCCGAGCUGCGCGAGUUUCUAGACAAGGAUGCCCAUAGGCACAUCAACACCGAGAGUGACAGCGAGUUGAUGCUGAACAUCUUCGCCAACGAGCUGAACGAGACUGGCAAGGCGCGUAUUAACGCCGCCGAUUGUUUUGCCGCCCUGGAACGGAUGUAUAAGCUCUGCGUUGGCGGAUGGGCAUGCACCGCUAUGCUUGCAGGCUUCGGCCUCAUUGGAUUCCGCGAUCCCUAUGGCAUCCGCCCCAUGGUCCUAGGCUCUCGGCCUUCUGACAGCGGUCAUGGCACUGACUACAUGAUGGCUUCGGAGAGUGUAGCCCUCGUCCAGUGCGGAUACAAAGAAUUCCAGGAUAUUCUCCCCGGCCAGGCAGUCAUCAUCGAAAAGGGCAAAGAACCCGUCUUCAAGCAAGUCCACGAGGCUCUCAACUACACCCCAGACAUCUUUGAAUAUGUCUACUUCGCACGACCAGAUACCAUCAUCGACGGUAUCGACGUAGACGAGAGUCGCCGUAACAUGGGAUUCAAGCUUGCGGAGACCAUUCGGCGUCAACUAGGCCCGGAGGCGCUCGCAGACGUCGACGUCGUCAUGCCUAUUCCUGAGACUAGCAUCACAUCCGCCUUGUGUGUGGCAGAAGCUCUUGGAAAGCCCUACGUUCAAGGCUUCGUUAAGAACCGUUACAUCUUCCGUACCUUCAUCAUGCCUUCCCAGAAGCUCCGCCAAAAGGGCGUUCGGGCGAAGCUCAAUCCGAUGCGUAAGAAGUUCGAGAACAAGAACGUACUGCUCGUUGAUGACUCCAUCGUUCGCGGAACCACUUCCCGUGAGAUCGUUCUCAUGGCUCGGGAAGCCGGGGCAAAGAAGGUGUACUUCACUUCCUGCGCACCACCCAUCACGAACGCGCACAUCUACGGUAUUGAUCUUGCAUCAUCCUCAGAGCUCAUUGCACAUCAUAGAGACUCAGCUGCGAUCGCCAGGCACAUCGGCGCCGAUGAUGUCAUCUAUCAGACUCUACCGGACCUCAUCGAUGCAUGCGCCUCUCUGUCACCUCGAGACCCUGCGACACAGAAGUUCGAAGUUGGCGUAUUCUGCGGCAAGUACGUCACCCCAGUUGAUGAUGGCUACUUCGAGCAUCUGGAGAGAAUCCGAGGAGAGAGCCGCAAGUUGAAAGUCAUGGAGACUGCUAGGGAGGCAGUGGUGCAUGGUGUGGCAGACCAAAAGCAGAUCCGGAUGGCCGCGAAGGGCGUUGAAGUUGACCAGCACGGCAACGUGAUUCCUGCUGAUGACAAUGGAAGCCCUAAUUGGGGCCCCCUUAACGGCGUAAGUCUCACAAAUGGCACAAACGGCACAGAUGGAGUCGAUGAACCCGAAGCCCCUGAGGAAAGAAGGACCAGCGUGGAGGAAAUGCGGAUCAAGACCAGCCAAGACAUCAGUCUUCACAACCUGAACGACCAUUUCUGAUUGUGGCUGUCUUCGUGGAUCUCACAACCGACCACAUUUCACUAAGAGAAGCAAGGUAACCUGCCUCCUCUACGUGUCGUGAGCGAAUACGACCCUUUCUCGGCUCGGUUGCUCUUGGCGUAUGCGGCAUUCUGUUUUAGCGGAAGAUAUAAGGCAAAAGUCCAGGCUGAAGGGCAAAAAGGGUUUCCUUGCUCAUUUACGCUGGCAUUCAAGGGGUUUUGGUAGCAUGUUCUCCACGAUCUCAAAAAUAAUGAGUCAUUAGAGCAGUGCAUGGAUCAAUCAUUCACAGCGUCCAAGCC